UAAAGACGCAUAAGAACGCAGGCAGGACGACUAUGCCGACUGCUCUGAUGGAAACGAGGUGAGCAAACGUGGCGGCAACAUGCUUCAUAUGACAGCCGGGCUGAUUCCCAACUUCAGCGGUCGCGACGACACUUAUUCGGUGACGCGGUGGAUAGAAGACGUAGAAUCCAACGCCGAAAUCUUCGAAUGGACACCGCUUCAGCAGCUACUGAUAGCAAGAAGAGCGCUCACGGGCACGGCACUGCUAUGGUUGCGGGCGGAGCGACCACACAAGACAUGGGAAGAGCUCAAAGCGGCACUUUUAAAAGAAUUCCCAGACCAUGUCGAUAUCAAAUCUAUUUAUGAAUUAAUGAGCAGCAGGAAGAAACAGCCUAAUGAGACUUGCUUAGACUACAUGCUCAUUAUGAAAGAACUCGGAAAACGCGGAAAGAUGCCCGACUAUGUCGCAAUUAAAUACAUAGUAGAUGGAAUAGUGGAUAUAGAAAUAAAUAAAAUCAUGCUAUAUGGUGUAACAUCCUACAAUGACCUUAAAGAUAAGCUCAAGAUUUAUGAAACCAUAACAAAAAAGAUGCAAAGUGCGGCACAGGUGCAAAGGCGUUCAGCAGUGAGUAGUAGCAAUAAACAUCGUUCAAGCGGCAAAACAUGGAUUCGGUGUUAUGGAUGUGGUGAAGUUGGACGUGCAUCAUCCGAUUGCCCGCAUAAAAGCAAAGGAUUGAAGUGUUUUAAAUGUAAUCAAUUCGGCCAUGUCGGAUCGGCUUGCACUACAUCAGCGGUGGCGACGCUGCCGGCAACGCCGAAGUCCAGUCAUCGUACAUCAUCGGAAGAGUUCGGUAAAACCCGACAGAGCUACCAACCGCGACAUACGAAGAGCGCGAUGUUCGCAGCAGACGUCACACAAGACGACGGUGGCGCCUCUGGCGACCUCCUUUGUAACGAACGACAGGACUACCAACACACUAAGCGAGCGAUGUUCACGACGGUGAAUGACGAAGAGGACAGCGCCCCGAGCGGAUAUUUUCCGAUCCUAUAA